AUGUCGCAAACGCCUUCCGCAGCCUGCUGCAACACCCCAGCAGUCGUCAGCCAGGGCUACAAAGAAAAAGGCAGCUACACCACUGUCGACGGAUUGAAGACUUAUACCACCGGACCGUCAUCAGCCAAGCAAGGCAUUUUGGUCAUCUACGAUAUCUUCGGCUUCUUCCCUCAAACCCUCCAGGGCGCCGAUAUCCUUGCACACGCGGAUAAAGAUCACCAAUACCAAAUCUUCAUCCCGGACUGGUUUGAAGGCACCCCAGCCGACAUUUCCUGGUACCCGCCCGACACAGAAGAGAAGGGCAAGAAGCUGGGUGAAUUUUUCCAGACUUCUGCGGCUCCGCCCAAAACCGUCGCGCGCGUAAAGAAGGUGAUUGAUGAGUUGAAGGCCAAGCACCCCGAUGUCAAGGACUGGGGUGUGGUUGGUUACUGCUGGGGCGGAAAAAUCGUCAACCUAGUCUCCCAGGCCGGAACACCGUUCAAGGCAGCUGCAACGUGCCAUCCAGCCAUGGUGGAUCCCAACGACGCGCCGAAUGUCACGAUUCCUAUCCUCACGAUUGCAUCCAAGGAUGAAGAUAAGACCGCCGUCGAUCAGUACGAGGCAAACUUGAAAGUGCCCAAGCAGGUUGAAUGGUACCCCGACCAGAUUCACGGCUUCAUGGCCGCCCGAAGUGACUUGAAGGAUCCCAACGUCAAGGCCGCAUAUGAGAAGGCAUACCAGACGCUUCUGAACUUCUUCCAUAAGUACUUGUGA